AUGAAGGUUCAACUCUUGCCGCUCGUUGCUCUGUUCGCAGCUCAGGCUUUCGCCGCGUGUGGUAACGACGAAUCCGAGCUCUUCGAUCUUCAGGUCACCGACGGAACCAGCCAAUGCAAAAGCUUUGGUUGCUUCAAGGCCUGCACCUUCCCCGAUGGUAGCGGGUCAUGUAACGGCUGCACCCAGUCCGUUUCUACAGACACCAUUCGUCCGCUCGGCGGCAGCUACUGCUGCAAAGGGCCUCUCACUGGCUUGACAAAUACUUGUGUUACUUCUUGUCCCGCAGGAACGAACAGCAAGCGAGCGAUUACGUCCAGCGAAAUGAGGCUAUUUCAGGCCUGA